AAAUAAUAUAUGUAAACUGCGCCUCCCUUCUCAAAUAACCACUCCAACCCACUCUUGAUGAAGGAUGACGUUGGAAAAGCAAAGCCAUCUACCUACAACCUCCCUAAUCAAGAUUUCAUUUAUGGAUAACCACUCUCAAGAGACAAAGAAGGAGCCAAAGAAGGUAUUUAUGACAAUCUCAAUUCCCAUAAGUUACAAUGACCUGGAAAUUUCAUCAAGAAUCUCAAGAUCAACUACCCAAUCGAGACUUUGCUGAACUCAAUAAACAAUCAAUACACAAUGGCUCAGUCAAAGCUCAUGUAACUGAUUUAUUCAUUACUCCCACAGGACAUGUACAAAUUCAGACAGACUCAUGAUGCUAGACUUAAAGUUAAGAAGGGCACAAAUAUUCAAGCCAUUGAAUUGCCAGAAGAGGAAUUUCGCUAUGGUCGUAAAAAUAGGUAAAUUGCACCUCUCUAUUUAGACCAUCAACUCCUAUGAAAUUAGUCAUGGGCAACUCUUAUGGUAUUGAGGCUGAGUCAACCAUUCUGGAUAAAUAUCAAUAGAGAGCAGGAUCUCAAGUAUUUACAAUAUGCUAAUCAAAGGAUUCCAAAAUGACUUCUUCCAUGGUCAAAGGCAACAAGGCAUCCUAAUUAUUUCACGAUACCAACCACAAAAAACUGGCUGCGAUCUAAGGAGUAGAAAAGAAGGAACCCUUUAAAAUAGAGAAAUUUAAAUCUGUCAACUCUAAAAUCAACACAAAUUUAUCAACUAAAAAAUGA